AUGAAGGUAAGCUGUGCUUCGCUGGUACAACAGCGUCAGAAGCUGAACCAGACGGCUGUUGAUCAGGAUGUCAGUGGUUUAAGUUCUCCCUGCAUGGUGGAGUCUUCUUACAUCUGCAUCGUCGCGGCCUUCCUUUUCAUAUUAUCCCUUCUUGGUUCGCUGCACUGCUGCCCUUCAGACAGCAAGCUGUCUGGUUCCACAGAGAAAGCGCCAACUGCAAGAAAUCCGUUCCCGGACAAUGCAAAGUUCUUGGGCAUGGUGCUGGUGUGUUGGUCUCACAUAGGCUCUUUCGAUAUUCGCGGCACGAAGAUGGAAAUCCACGCAACAGAUGUGAUCUGGUUCCACAUGCCGCUAUUUAUCUUCCUCUCCGGGUCCUUCUCCCGGCCCUUCUCUAGCAAGGGCUUCCUGAAAUUGGUGGUGACGCUGGUGAUGCCGUUGAUCUUCUUCAUCUCCAUCAUUUACCCCUUGCUUCAGUUGUUGAUGCCGUCGAAAACGUGGGCAGAACUCCAAUUUCGCUCCUGGUUCCCUUUUGGGAUGUGGCUGUACACCGAGCCCCUCUUUGAAGGAGUACAAUCCUCCCCGCUGACCGUAUGGACGGGUGCUGGCCCGGGUUAUUUCAUCUGGUUCUUGCGCUGCCUUAUUCUGUGGCGCUUUGUUACCAUGUUUACGGUGAGAUGGCCAAAGUUCCUGCAGAUUGCGCUCGGUCUUUCCUGCGGUGUUCUUGGCGUCUACUGGGGUCCAGAUUCCGCCAACCCUUGGGAGAUAGGCACAUUCGCCUACCAGCGAGCUUUGUGCCUUUUUCCUUUCUACCUCAUGGGGCAGCACUUGGACCUUGGCCGUCUCUUGCAAGCUGUCCCAGCACCUUCAAGCUCUUGUGUGCUACUAGUCUGGGCCACACUGUUCAGUCUGAUUUAUUUGGAAAACAAGCCUGCUGUCUGGAAUUCCGUGACGGAUGGUGCUUUCGACGUGAUUGAGACUGAUACUGCCCCGUUUCUGCGAUAUCCUCCGCCGGCUCCUGGCUGCCAAGAAGACUACAAAUUCCUCUGGGCCCGUUACUUUGCAGCUGUUGCAUAUCGAUACUUUGUGGCAGAACAGAAUUGA